UAUGAAAACUGUUGAAAUGAGUUGAUAUCAACGUUUUGUAAUUUUGCUGUGUAAGGGUUUAUUUAGAAAUUUAAGUCUGCAAUGUAACUAACAUUAAAACGGAACGGGGUCUUCAUCUGUGUCAAGGACGAACGUGGCCAGUUUGCAUAUAAUAUGACGUGAACAUUCUUUAUAUCGUCUUUCAAAACGAGAUUGUUCAACGAGCCAUGCAAUCUACCGGUUUCUAUUUAACUUGCCCGGAUAUUCGUCUCUGAUCAAUCGGCGGAGGCUACCAUAGCUGGCUGGUACGUUGGACAGACGGUGCUUAAAUGCGUGGACUGCUGGAGAAAGCGGAAAACUGCAUAAUAAAGUAUUGAAUAAGAUCUAAUGGCAAAACAAUGGCCUCUUAUCGAGAAUUUUUAAAGGAGAACGACGCCCAGAACUGGAUAAAGGCCAACCUCGCCCUCAAAAUCACCAAGGACGGAUUACAAGAUUUUCUGGAGGACGUUCUGACAUGCGUUCACCAGGACAUCUAUAGCACUGUUAGAACAUCCAAGGGUCUUCCAUCCAGGGCAGCAUGUGCACAUUGUUUCACAGAAAACGUGUUGAAGUGCCCAACUCGUGGGAUAUGCACCAGUACUAGAAACUGUAGAUUUCAUAACUGUCCUCAAAAACUGUAUGCUCCUUGUCCAAAUGGGAUUUGUGAAGGCGUCCGUGAUGAAAUAGUCAAACAUCACAGGUUUUCGGGACCAUCAUGGAAGAAUACGAACGCCGACAAAUGGAGCACCAUUCCCUGGGAGAUAGGCAAGUGUUUCCUGCCCCCUGAUGGCUACAAGACCGUGUCCUCCAUCAAAGACAGUGACUUUAACGGAGUGAUCAGCGUCAUGAUGAAUUGCGAGGAUUUCCAGAACAAACUGUCGUUUAACGUUGCGACUAAGCAAAAUUUAUUAACAGAGGUUCGGGACAUUGGUCGAUGCGUACGCCACUCCCAUGACCAGAGGGUCAAAGACACGGAACUAGUGGACUUCCUGCUCAAGCUCCGCACCCUGCUGGAGGAUAAGACUGAACUAGCUAACCGACCCGAGGCACAAGACGCUGUGGAACAGCUUAAGAAGCUGCAAACAGACGAUUUCAAGAUCAGUGCUGAGAACGAAGGGGAGAUAUUGAAGGAAGGAUUACGACUACGUUUGGCAAACCAUUACCGAACCACUUUGGCCGACAUGCCGAUAUCUCCCAUUCUCGGAGAUAAGAACGCCAAACUCAACAAAUUCUACGUGGCACCGAAAAUUGUGGAGAAAAAUCAUAGAAAAAUCGGCAAAAAUGACAAGGAAGAAAGCGGUAAAGAUGUUGAAAAAUUUUCAGAUGUUUUCUUAAAAGAAGAUCAGUUGCUCAGAAAUGUUUUCCUUGUUGGAGAACCGGGCAAUGGCAAAUCUACAUUCUCCGUAAUGUGUGUCCUGGAUUGGACUCACCAGCAUUUACCAGCGGAGGAAAAUGUCGGUACUAAAACAAGCUAUGUCGAUCCAGAAUUCUUCAAAAAGUUUGCAUUUUUGUUUCAUGUCACCCUACGAGAUUCAGGUAAAACGUGUGAUCUAGCACAAAUGAUCAAGGAUCAACUUAUACGUAAAAUCUACCACGAGAUGGAUGCCGAUGAUGGCUUCCGGCUAUUGCAGACGGUGCUUGAAAGUGAAAAAUGUUUAAUCAUAGCUGACGGCCUCGACGAAUGGACCCAUCCGGAAAACGUAAACUGUACCUGCAAAACUGAGGAAAAAGUCACCCCUUUCCGAAAUUCGGCCAACAAGGCCACACUCCUCACGACAACGCGUCCCUGGCGAAUGUCACAGUUUAGAGUGCAGGAUUCAAAGAUCGACAAAUAUCUUGAAAUAGAAGGAGCUGCAGACACAAGGCAACUCGUGGAAAAUAUCAUCAACAUUCUUAAUGAGGAUUCUGAGGAUGAACGGACACCAGAAGCUUUCAUGAAAAUGGUGUCAGAGAAGGAUCUUGAAGGAUUAUUGUCAGCACCUAUCAGUAUCACCCAGCUCGUGUGCCUGUGGUUCGAGGGCAAAUCGUUAACCGAUUCAAAGUGUGACAUUUAUGCUGGCGUGAUAAACAUGCUAUCAUGUAGACUUAGUUGUAUGCAAAGCGGGAAUAACAUUCCGGAAAUUGAACUGCCAUCUGUAUUAAAGGAACACGAAUGCUUCGUGCAAAAUCCCAUGGUUUACCUUGCGCUGGCAAAGUUAGCAUACACAACUUUGUAUUCAGAGUGCAGAGAUUCGUCUGUUGUUUUCAGCAACAAAACAGUCAACGCUUUGUUAAGCAGGGAGCAGGUUGAAUUUGCAUUGAAGUCAGGCUUACUCACGGAGAAGAAAUCCAACUCAUUGAUCAAGAGAUCAUCUCACUUUUCAUUCUUUCAUAAAACACUUCAAGAGUUUUUAGCGGCUCUUCAUUUAUGUUUAAUGAAAACGACUACAGUCAGCUAUCAAACAAGUACGAACAAGAUAAUAAGGAAAAUAUCUUGGGAGAUGUUUCUCAGACAUUUAUUUUCAUAUGUGGAAUGAAGCCCGAGCUCGGUGUACAAAUGUCUUCAUGGAUCAAUAGUUCUAGACCAUCA